UCGAAGGGGAGGCCGUGAAUGGCCUCACACUCCAGUCCAGUAGGUGGCGUUGUAUGCACGUCACGGUUGCGAUCCGCCAAUACAAAUUUAGAGAAGGAGAAGUGAACCGUGACCAAUAAUCAUUUCCAAGUUAGCUUUUUUGUUGUUGUUAUUUAGACGUUUAUUAAUACUCUGGAACUCAAAGUAUGACUACUUUAACUGUACAGCAUCACACUUUUACCUCAGGUAGUCUUUAAUUCGCGUUGGAGACAGGACUUGGUUGAUAUACGUUAUCUAGGUAACGUUAACUAGCUGCUAACAUGGCUAACUGUAUGGUUUUUCACACUCAAAUAGCCUCCAUCAUGGAGGUGCUAGCGAAUGCAGCCGUGGCAGAUAUAUGUAAACUCGUAGACGACGACUAUGCAGUGUUUCGUUUGGAAAUGACUCAAAGCCAGAAAGAAAACAGGGCAUUGCGGAGGAAACUACAGCUACUGGAACUGAAGGUGGCACGGGAGCGCGCAGAGAGGACAAUACGAGAGCGCGUCCUCGCCAGUCGUCCCAGUAGUGUCAAGAUCCUCGACCGAUACAGAGGAAUGGCAAGAGGUGAAGGACAUCUCACUGGAGGCCACAGGAGCUUUGUGAAGCCAGCGAGAGACAAUACAUGGAGAGAUGACCAACCAAUCACUGUUGAUGAGGGGAGUGGAACCUCAACCCAGCACGUAAUCGUGAUAGAGUCUACAGAUGCAGAGGCUGCAGGUCCUGGGGUGAAGCAGGAGAGGUCUGAAGGAGAGGACCCACGGCACAGCAGAGACAUCCAGACUGGAGUGCACCCUGUAGCCACAGAAGACCCCACCACCACCCCAGCGCAGCCCAGGACCAGACACAGCAUCACGGAGGUCAGUGGAACGCCGAACGCCGUCCUCAAGACAGAGACUAUAACGGGGCUGAGGCAACUGGGCUGUCCUCCUGCUCCCCGCUCAGAGUAUUUACUUUAUAGUAACCCGAGCCCGAGGACGGUUCUGUCCCAUCGGGAUUUAGGUGACUCGUUACUGACUGGCAAUGAUCCGUCCUGUGCAUACGCUACUUUGACAGAGAUGAUUCCUGGUGUCAUGCCUUUGGGCUUAGAUACACAGACUAAUCCAAUGAGAGGAGACUGGAACCAGUACAGUAGUAGUGUAUAUUCUGAAGGGUGCCUAGAUAAGAAAGGGGAGGGUCUGGUCGUAGAUGAGGUGAAAGUGGAGGGUGACGUUCCUCUGACAUGGAAUGCAGAGUCUAACUUAGGAGAAGGACACUCGCAGGUCAACACCAGUGACUUCUGGGAUUACAGGGAAAGCUUAGAGACAAAUACAAACUUCGCAACCCACUCCCCUUUACACACGCUUAGGGAUCGCGACUCAGUGUCCACGACUAUGGCACCUUCCGAUUCACACGUCCGUGUCCUUUUUGAUCAGGUAUUGAACUCAAACGACAGGGUUAGAUCCCAGUCUCAGGGAGGGGGAGCCACAUCAGGCAAUAGUAAAGAGAAACGGUUCCUCUGCAUGUUCUGUAACAAAGGCUUCAGCAGCCCCCAGAAGGUUGAGAUUCACCAGAGGGUCCACACAGGGGAGAAACCCUACAGCUGUACCCAGUGUCAAAUGCGCUUCGCCCAGGCUUGCAACCUGAAGAGACACCAGAGGGUCCACAAAAAGAGAGAAAUUCUACAACUGCCCCCAGUGUGAGAAGAGGUUCUCCCACCAGCACCAGCUGAAUAUGCACCUGAAUGUCCACAUGGGAGAGAGGUUGUAACGCCUGUACGUAGGGCUGUUACUGUGUUCUUAUUAACACCACACCGGCGGAUUGCAGUCAAAUUCCACAUGACCGUUGAGUCACGGUAUCUAGGCUACUCCAAAACUGGAGUACUCAGCGCUCUAGUGUCCCUCUAAUCACUUUGACAUAAAAGCCAUCAAAAAUCGCAUUAAAGACUUUAUGAUUUCAUUUGAAUAAUCUGCAGAGUUCACAAUAGCAGAAAAAAAGUGUUGCAUUCUGAAAACGCAGGUGUAUUGACCAUGACAUUCAAUUUCAAGUUCCACAUUUUUAUAUUUAAAUCGACUCGCUGCUUUUAUCUGAAAUUUUUCAUCCAUUUUAUUAUGCUAAUUACAUUUCCGUGGGGGCGCGGAUAUUGACUCUAGGGGUUAACUGGUUAGGACAACUCAUGAGGUCUCCUAAGUAUCUGUUGAGUAUGUGGGACUUUUAUUACUAGAGGCUUCAUGCAUAGCUUUUAUUUUUACCCAUAAGAGUAGGAGUAUAUUUUUUUGAUACCUAAAGGGGCGUCAAAAUUCAGAAUCAAAUAGCUAAAUUAUCCAUAGUAUGACCAUCUUAAAACAAUUCCAUAUUUCAGCUUUGAACCCUCCCCCAACAACGGUAUAGACUUACAGGGGUUAACUGUUACAUUAACCAAUACACUGCUAACUAGCAGCAUAUUUUAUUAGCAUUCUAGCUACUGCAUUUGGAGUUUCCUUUUCCUCAGAUGGUAAAUUAGCCCAAAUCCCUAUUUCAUAUAUUUGAUCAAUAAGAUGUCCCUACUGUUGGUGUGUCCAAUUGUGAGUGCAUCUGUCAUUUCAACGGAACAUUGUGGUUACACUAAGGAAGAAUUAAAUCAAAUAAAUUUGAUUCAGAAUGAA